AUGUCUUCUAUUCAAGAUAAACUUCAACAAGCGGCGCACCAAAACGAGCAGUUACUUCGUGGCCUCGAAGAAACCGAUGCUGCUCCCUCACAGCUCAAGCAGCAAAAUGACUACAUAACCGACCUGAAUUCCCAAAUUCAGAAAACAACAAGCCGGGUAAAAACACUUCAGAACAAAGCAAAGGUCGAGCUUAAGGAACAUGAAAAGUACCGCGACUCGACCUUUCGGCGUUUCGCCCAUAAAGCAAGCGGCAAGAAGGAGAGAUUUGCCGAAAAGGCCGCCAAAGAAGAGAAGGACUAUUUCGACGCGAUACAAGAGCAAAAAAGCGCCGAAGACGAACUAGCAUACAUCAAGCAACUGCGCGAUGAAGCCGAGAGGCGGAGACAAGAACUCUCCGCCCAAGCCCAGCACCACGAGAGCCUGCAAGCCCAACUCGAUGACCUCUACAACUCCAUCUUCGCCGGCCACACACCGGAAUUUCCAGAUGAAGACCGCAAAGAGGAUGCCUGUAACGCUGCUCUCGCACAAGUACAACACACAAACCAGCGUCUGGAGCGUGAACGCCACAUCCUCUUCCUCCUCGGGCAAACCUCACUGAAGCUCUCGGCUGCCCGCACCUCCCUCGAGCACGCCUACGGCAUGAGUCAAUUCGACAUGUUCGGCGGCGGCACCAUGGCCAGCAUGCAAAAGCUCAACGACCUGGAGCGCGCCGAAAGCGCAAUGGCCCAAGUGCGCAUGCUGCAAGACCAACUCACGCAGGUCGCGCCCGAGAUACCCGCCCUCGGCCACCUCAACAUCGCCAGCGGCAGCAUCUUCUCCGACGUCGUCUUCGACAACAUCUUUACCGACAUGCGCAUGCACGAGGAGAUCAAAGCUUCCAUCGCGCAGGUCGACCGCGCAGGCAAAGCUUGCGGCGAUAUCAUACGCCAUCGUGAGCACCUCGAGCAUAACUUGCAGACGGACGUCCAGCACGCACAGACCGCGCUGCAGAGCGCACGCCAUGACUUGCAGAAGGCGCGAGAGGAGGCGUUCAAAAGGGUCCUGCAUAGUGCUGCUGCGCCUCAGUUACGUUCCAUACCCGUGGGUCUUACCGCUGAGGCUCCUCCCCCCGAGUAUGCGCCGCCUGAUGGCCCACCGCCCGGGUAUUCGGGUUAUUAG